AGAAGAUACCGAGUAAACUGUGGCGGCCGAUCCAUGGACAAUUCUGCCGCACGAGCAUGCAAAGUUUGCAGAACAUUUCCGCAAUUUGGGGCCCGUUAAUGGCAUCCUCACCGGAGAACAGGCCAAACGGUUCAUGUUGCAGUCACAACUGCCGCCGCCCGUGUUGGGUCAGAUAUGGACGCUGGCUGACACCAAUGCUGAUGGGAAACUGGAUCUUAAGGAGUUCUCCAUCGCAUGCAAGAUAAUAAAUUUAAAACUACGUGGUAUUGAAAUACCAAAGAGUCUGCCGCCAUCUUUACUGGCUUCCCUCAGUCCCACUGGGCCAAAACAAAACUUCCCCCCUCCAAAGCCCCCUGUCCCCCCCAUGCCGGCUGCAGCGCAACCCCUUAUUUCGGGCCUUCCCACGUCUCAAUCGCUCCUCGGAGAUUUGUCCCUUGGCCCUAAACCAGCGGUUCCAGACUUAAUAUCUGGGGUGAAACCAACUCCACCUAUACCACCACAACCUCUAAUCAACCAGCAACCCCUAGUGGGAAUAGCCCCACAGACAAAUCAGUCCCUUAUCGGGGGGCCAGUUAUGUCGUCACAACCCCUAAUGUCAACGCAACCCCUGAUGUCAUCGCAACCCCUAAUGUCAACGCAACCCCUAAUUUCGACAUCGCAACCGCUUGUUAACACGAGCCAGCCAAUAAUACCACCGAUGCCGAAUCUGGCACAACCCCUUGUGACGUCACAACCACUAAUGGCCGCGCAACCCCUCGUUUCCUCAUCGCAACCCCUGAUACCCACUUCUCAGCCAUUGAUGUCUACAUCGCAACCACUUGCCCAAACUGUACCAAUGUCCCAAUCCUUGAUGGGUACAGCUCCCAUAAUGUCCCAGCCAUUGGCUCAACCAUUACCCCAGCCACCACAAGGAAUUGUACCACCAUUGGUCCAACCUUCUCAACCCUUAGCACAGCCAUUGGCCCAACCUAUGACCCAACCUGCGCCAACAGUAGCUCAACCUGUCGGCCAAUCGCCAACAUUGGCCCAAUCCCAGCCACUAGCUAUGGCCCAACCCCCGAUCCCGUCUGGUACAACAGUGGCUUCCAUAGUCAGUCCACCAAAGAACGGACCAAUGGCAGUAGGUUCGAAUCCCGGACAACCAAUAACAUCAACGCCCAUCACGGCGGUCAAGAGCGACUCGUUCUCCAAGCCCGGUUCAGUAGUGACCAGUCCUACAGAAUUGCCCAUGGGCAUGGUCAGCCCACCGCCCGUCGAGUGGAACAUACCGCAGCCGCAGAAGUUGAAAUACACGCAACUGUUCAACGCAACGGACAAAGCUAAGACGGGCUCCGUGUCCGGUGCGCAGGCUAGAUCCAUCAUGCUGCAGUCUAGACUUCCGCAGCAAACGCUAGCUCAGAUAUGGGCGCUUGCUGAUCUGGACUGCGACGGGAAACUGGGUUGCGAAGAAUUCGUGCUGGCGAUGUAUCUGUGCGAGCGAGCGACACAAGGCGAAGCGCCGCCGGCUAAACUCCCCCCGGAAAUGAUACCCCCCACUUUUAGGCGCGACUCUAUCACCAGCAACACGAGCGCAAAGUCCUACGAGGAGAGAAGGAAAGAGAAUUUGGCGAGGGGCCAGGCGGAGCUGGAGAGACGGAGAUCUCAACUGGCCGACGCGCAGAUGAAAGAAAAGGAGGAAGAGGCGGAAAGAGAAAGAAAAGAGAGGGAAGAAGCGGAGAAGAAGGAGAAGAUGAGACUGGAAGCGCAGAAGAAGGAACAAGAGGAGAUGCUGAGGAAACAGAAGGAGGAACAGGAGAAACGCGAAGCGGCUAGGAAGGAGAUGGAGAGACAGUGCCAGCUGGAGUGGGAAAAGAAGAGGACGCGCGAGCUGGAGGCGCUGCGGGCGGAGGAGCAGGGCCGCGUGCUGGCGCUGAAGGCGCGCAGCCAAGCGCUGGCCGGCGAGCUGGGCGCCGCCGACCUGCGCGCCGCCGGCCUCGCGCGCGACAUCCGCGACACGCGCACCGCCGUCGCCGCCGCCAAGUGCACCAUCGACGCGAUGAGGUCGGACAGAGACGCCAACAUGUCCGAAAUGCAGCAGCUGAAGGCUCGCGUGAAGGAACUGAACGCUAAGCAAAUUGCGCUGAACAAGGAGAAGGCGGACCUGGACGCUAAGGCGAAAGCAUCAGAGGGCGCUGGUGAGGAUGGGAAGCUGAGCAUGAUGGAGGUCACCCUGAAGCAGCUACGCGAAAAGGUGGAAGCCGCCAAAGCGAUAGUGGAGUCGAAGCGCGCCGACCUGGAGACGAACGAGCAGCAGCUCGCGGAGCUGUCCGCCGGCGUGGAGCGGCUCGUGGAGAAGUGCGGGGCCGUCUGGCAGCUGUACGAGGCGAAGCGGAGCGAGUACGAGGCGGCCAGGAGCACCGCGCCCGCCGAGGCCGCCUGGGGCACCGAUGCGGCGUGGGGCGCGAGCGAGGAGGCGUGGGCCGCGCCCGCCGCCGACUGGGGGGACGCUGAGCCGACCACCGGCACGGAAGCGGUGACGUCAUCGCCGAAUCCAAGAUGGCGCUGCGUGUACGAGUUCGCUGCGCGGACAUCUAAGCAUACACACAUACUAUGUAUACACACAUACUAUGUAGUGAUCCUCUUUCAGGUGUUCGAAGCGGAGGCCCCGAGGGGUGACGCGGAGCCCGGCUGGAAGUGGGGCUCCGCUAGAGGCCAAACCGGCUGGUUCCCGGAGUCGUACGUCGAAGACAUGGCAACACCGGCCGCGAUGUAUUCGGAGACUCUGGAGCCGAUCGAGACUAAAACUCAAUUGGAGGGUAUAGCGGAAGUGCCGGAACCGGAAAUAUCGAACGAUUUGGGCGGAGCAAUGCCGGUUGUUGAAGGCGGAGACUUCUACAUAGCGGCGUACCCAUACGCUUCGACCGAACCCGGUGACCUGACGUUCGAGGCGGGAGAGAGAAUCGAGGUGAUACGGAGAGAUGGAGACUGGUGGACCGGCAGGAUUGGCGUCCGGACCGGUAUAUUCCCUUCGAAUUACGUGACUAAAGACGCGACGACGGACGGAGAGGUCAUGUCGGCGAUCCCGGAGGCCCGGGAGCCCGAGCCGGAGCCCCAGCCGGAGCCGCAGCCACAGCCGGUGGCGGAGCCUCAACCGGAGCCUGCAGAGAUACCGCGGGAGGAGCAGAAGUCGUCGACGCCGAUAUCGUCGGAGGUGGCCAACCUGACGGAGAGCGUCCCGCGGCCCGCCUCCGCCGCGCGCCGCGACUCGGGCCGCGACUCCGCCGCGCGCCGCGGCAAGGAGGUCGCGCAGGCGCUCGCCAACUACACCGCCACCAGCGCCGAACAGCUGUCCCUGAUGAAGGGCCAGCUGCUGAUCGUCCGCAAGAAGGCCGACAGCGGCUGGUGGGAGGGCGAGCUGCAGGCCAAGGGCCGCAACCGCCAGAGCGGAUGGUUCCCCGCCAGCUAUGUCAAGGUGCUGCAGUCGUCCGGGCGCACGUCGGGUAGGACCACGCCCGUUUCGUCCAAAAUGGACGCGCUGCCCGCCGAAACCGUCAUCGAUAAGGUGAUAGCUCUGUACCCGUACACGGCACAAAACGCGGAUGAGCUGAGUUUCGAGAAGGACGACAUCAUCGCCGUCACCGACCGCAGUCAGGAUCCGGACUGGUGGCAAGGAGAGUUACGAGGCAUGACGGGUCUGUUCCCCAGUAAUUACGUCACGAAAUUAGUUAAUUAAACUAUUGAUGUUAUAUUUAAUUAUAACAUUCACUUAGAGGUCACUUCGAUUCUAGAUGCUUCACAAUUUUUUUAUUUAUAUUGAAAAUAUUAUUAAUAAUAUUAAUUAUUUAAAAGUGCAAAAGCUAUUUGUCCUAUUUUAGACGUCUUAAUAAAUAUUUCAUUGAAAAUAAAAUUAGUGUUGCCCGAUUGAAAUAUUGCAUAAAUUGAGAGCCAGUUUCAACACUUGCUGAUUAAGUCACUGAUUUACUGUCACUUUAACUUGUAGUUUCAUACAGUUGUCAUUUAACUGAAAAUUAAAAUAUUACAAUGUUGCAUUCUGCUUUACGUCUUUCAAUCGCGUUUAAUGGAUAUGUAGAUGUUUCAAUGUUGAAUUAUCUUAAAUGUUACUCGAAAUAAAUAAAACAUUAGAAUUGGAA